AAAAGUGAUCAGUAAUUGUCGAAGAUGUCCCGUAGGCUGGCCAAACUGCGCGCCAAAGCAAAGGAAAAUUGGCCUGAUGAUGACCAGCAGAUGCAUCAGCAGUGGACAGUUAAAGUGGAAAAGGCGAUCCCAGGAUCCGUGAAGCGCGUCGGCGUCAGCAUGCCACCCAUCGCGCAAACCAAGUCCCCCUGCCCGAACAGAUUGCGCGGAUGCACGUGGACGUUCACGCCGUCGGAUAUGCCACUGCACGUGACGGAGUGCAAGUUCCGGUCGUACGGCUGCAUCGGCUCCCAACUGAAUGUUUUUCGGUGCGACUGGACCGGAAUGCAACACCAGAUCGAGGAUCACCUGGUGAACGAUCACGAAAUGGGCGAGUUGCUGAGUUACAACCAGUGCUACUGGAUCGUGUUCUCGGAGGUCACUCCGUUGAGCGGGGUCAAGCUGGUGGACGCGUUCAACAGGCGCUUCCUGUUCUAUACCGUGUCCAACGUGACCCUCGGGAUGGUGUACUUUGUGCUGAUCUGCUUUGGGCGGCGCAUCGAGGCUCGCCAGUACUACUACGAGUUUGAGAUUCGACCACAAGAGGGCGACGGCGUGCGGCGGAUCAAAUUCACCGAGUACUGCGUGUCGGAUUGCGAAGAUUUGGGCAAGGUUAUGGCGGAGGAGCGGUGCGCGGCCGUUUCGUUCGGCAAGUUGAAGCGUUUCGUGCACGAUGGCAUCGUUCCGUUUCGAUUUAUUGUUAAGCGAGUGGAGAAGAGGAAUGAGUUUUAGACGAGGGUUUAGUUUAUGAUCGGAGUCAGACAAAACAACAAAUCUAGGGCAGAAAUGCAGAGGAGUAGAAGAAACAAUCGUUUCAUUUAUACACAUCUUCGCCACUGUACGAUACGAUAUCGUAAACAUUGAUUUAUAUGACACGUGCUUAAAUGUAGAUCUGUAGAACAAAAGUUGCUUCAUGGGUUGAACCAUUUGCUAUAAUAUGUAUCUUGGAGCACACAUAUACGAUCUGACCUGAACAAU